AUGCAUAUUCUCAUACCUGGAAUCUAUGAUAUCAACACAUAUGAACGCAAGUCGAUUCGUCCCGUAGCGGCGAAGGAUACACUGUUAGAAAGGUACCGUCAACGUCGAACAGAUGAUAUCAUUGUAAUGCAGAAUAAAAGUCCUGUAUGGAAUGAAGAUUCACAAUCAUAUGUCUUGAAUUUUCAUGGACGUGUAACACAAGCAUCGCUGAUUACAUUGUAA